AUGUUCCGAGAUCUUAAGCUUUACGUUGUUAUAGAAAAGGUUCUUCUAUUAGAAUCAUCUAAACAUUACGAGAAUCGAGCAAAAACACUUAUUCUGACGGGGAAUGCGCACGAUUAUAUGACUCGUGUAAGGCAAUAUAUAAAAUUUGAGGAGGAACAAUUAUCUGUUUAUUUCCUUCCCAAGACCCAAGCUCCCCUGCUGAAGGUGGUACGAUCCGAAUUGAUAGACAAAAAUGCGCACGUGAUAUGGCAAAUGUUUGAAAAGUCUUUUGUCACCGACAAUGUUAUGCUUUCUGAUAACAAACUUCGGGGUCAAGCGUUGAAAUCAUUGUAUUACUUUCUUUCCAAUAUGGGAUCUAUUGAACUAUUGCAAUUGCUUAUUGGAUCCUAUUAUGAGCAAAAAGGAAACCUCGCGUAUAUGAAAAACACUCAUGAUUGGUACGGGUUGGUGGAUAGUUUGGUUCGGCUUAGAGGUGAAAUCAACACUAUUGUUGAGGGAGGUCACGAAGAUGAAAGGAUGGAGCCAGGAUUUUCAGAAAAGUUGAGUGUGAUGCUUGAAGAUAUAUCUAUUUCUCAAAAAUUGAAUAGGGAUUUUAAAAACUUCUGUUCUAUAAAGGAGAAUUUAGAAGUAUUUGUAAAUGUUCUGACAUUAAAUAGUUGGCCAAAUUACUUAACAAAGUUUGAUUCACCACUAAGGUUGCCAUUAAAUAACAUUUAUGAUAUUCAAAUUCGGCCUAUAUGCGGUCACAUUUAUGAUCUAUAA